AUGACAUCUAUCUCCUUAAAGGAAAUUAUACCACCUCAACCUUCGACGCAACGUAACUUUACCACGCAUUUAUCGUACGACCCUACAACAAAUGCGAUUGCCUAUCCAUGCGGCAAGUCUGCCUUUGUACGUUGUUUGAAUGAUGAAGCCUCAGAAAUUCCUUCAGUAGUUCAAUUUACUGGCCAUGGUUCUUCAGUAGUCACAACGGUGAAGUUCUCUCCAAUUAAGGGAUCUCAAUAUCUAUGCUCCGGUGAUGAGUCUGGGAAAGUGAUUGUAUGGGGAUGGAGUUUCAACAAAGAAAGCGGCUCUGUUGAAUUGAAUGUUAAGUCUGAGUUUCAGGUUCUAGCCGGUCCUAUUAGUGAUAUUUCCUGGGAUUUUGAAGGUCGGAGACUCUGUAUUGUGGGAGAAGGUCGCGAUAACUUUGGUGUUUUCAUAUCCUGGGACUCUGGUAACUCUCUUGGUGAAAUUUCAGGUCACGCACAACGCAUUAAUGCCUGUCAUUUCAAGCAGUCUAGACCUAUGAGAUCUAUGACAGUUGGAGAUGAUGGAUCUGUUGUCUUUUACCAAGGACCCCCAUUUAAGUUUACUGCUAGUGAUAGAGUGCAUCACAAACAAGGGUCCUUCGUCAGAGAUGUAGAAUUUUCACCGGAUAGUGGUGAAUUUGUUGUUACGGUAGGAUCUGACAGAAAGAUUUCUUGUUUUGAUGGCAAAACCGGUGAGUUCGUGAAAUAUAUAGAAGAUGAUCAAGAACCAGUUCAAGGUGGCAUAUUUGCGCUGUCGUGGCUGGAUUCGCAAAAAUUUGUUACUGUAGGGGCUGACGCCGCCAUUAGGGUUUGGGACGUAACAACGUCUAAAUGUGUUCAAAAAUGGGCCUUAGACAAGAAACAACUGCGCAACCAACAGGUUGGUGUUGUUGCGAUAGGGGAUGGAAAAAUUAUAUCUCUUUCGCUGGAUGGAACAUUGAAUUUUUAUAAGCUCGGACAUAAUGAGGUCUUGAAAACUAUUAGUGGUCAUAACAAAGGUAUUACGGCUUUGACAGUCAAUCCAUUAAUCAGUGGGUCAUAUGAUGGUAGGAUUGUGGAAUGGUCGAACUCUUCUAUGCAUCAAGACCAUUCUAACUUGAUUGUGUCAUUAGACAAUAGUAAGCUACAGGAAUACUCUAGUGUUUCUUGGGAUGAUACUUUGAAAGUCAAUGGUGUUACUAGGCAUGAAUUCGGGUCCCAGCCAAAGAUUGCCAGCGUAAAUAAUGACGGCUUCACGGCAGUAAUUACCAAUGAUGAUGACUUGUUGAUAUUGGAAUCCUUUUCAGGUGAUGUAAUUAAGAGUGUAAAAUUAAAAUCCUCCGGUUCUGCUGUUAACUUGAGUCAAAACCAUGUUGCAGUUGGCCUGGAAGAAAAUAAUGUUAUCCAGGUCUUCAAAUUAACAGAUCUGGAAAUUAGUUUUGACUUAAAAACGCCUCUUCGUUCAAAGCCUUCUUACAUAUCGAUCUCACCCUCCGAAAGAUACAUCGCUGCUGGUGAUGUGAUGGGUAAGAUAUUGCUCUAUGAUUUUCAAACAAGAGAAGUUAAAACUUCGAGAUGGGCAUUCCAUACUAGUAAAAUCAAUGCCAUUUCAUGGAGGCCUGUUGACAACAACGCCGAUGAAGAUGAGAAUGAAGACGAUUUAGUUGCCACAGGUUCUUUAGAUACGAAUAUUUUCAUUUACUCUGUCAAGAGACCAAUGAAGAUUACUAAGAUGUUGAAUGCACACAAGGACGGUGUCAACAAUCUUUUGUGGGAAGAUCCAUCUACUCUGGUUAGUGCUGGUGCGGAUGCUUGCAUUAAAAGAUGGAAGGCACACCUUGAUUAA